AUGACCUCAAAUAUUAACAUCCUAUUUGAUAAACCGAAGCUUACCCUAACAGCUUUGGAAAAAGUAGAACAAUACGAUUUUGACAUCAUUGCCGAUAAAGUAUCAGAGUAGCUCAAAUAUGUCUCCCAAAGAUUGAUUGAAGGUUAAUAGGAAACAGAUCUUCCCUACGACAAAGAAAAUAUUAUUUUGCCAAGAUAACAAACUUACAUUUAGAAAGUAAAGGAUAGUAAGUUUGCAAAAAAGAAAAAAAAUCGAAUGGUUUGGGAUGAAAAUAAAAAGGAUUGGGCCUUGAGAAAAUUGAAAAAAAGAGAUUCUGUAAUACCCCCUAUCAUUGAGGCUACCAAGCAAGAUGCCUAUGAAGACGUCUUUAGAAAAAAGGAAAUGGAGCAUGAACUUAAGAAAUCUUAGAAACAAUUAAGGUCAGUGUAAAAAGAUAGAAAGAAAUAGAAGAAACUAUAAACCAUUAAGAAAUAACUCUGA